CAGUGAUUCGCAGCCACACUGUGAACAGCCACGGAUUAGACUGUAGGAGGCAGCUAAGGAGCUUCAUUGUCAGAACAGAGUCCAGGAGGUUUCACCAACAUGUCAAAGGUAUUCAAGAAAACCAGUGGCAACGGACAUAUUGCACUGUACUUGGGGAAGAGAGACUUUGUGGACAAUGUGGAUUCAGUGGAAGUCGUUGAUGGUGUGGUUAAAGUGGAUCCUUCAGGCCUGAAUGGCAGAAAUGGUAAUUCUCUCACCUGCCUUUCUGACCUGUAUCUGUUCUCAGUUGAUUCAAACUCAUCUGCAACACUUCCUGUUGUAGUGUUCGUUUACCUGGCUUGUGCCUUCCGUUAUGGAAGUGAGGACCUGGACGUCAUUGGCCUGUCCUUCAGGAGAGACAUCUGGAUACAACGUGUGCAGGUGUAUCCACCAACAGGUGGAAACACAACCACAUCACCAAUGCAGGAAUCACUCAUGAAGAAAGUCGGAGAACAAGGACAUCCCUUCUCCUUCCAGAUUCCACCCAAUCUUCCCUGCUCCGUUGCCUUGCAGCCAGGGACAAACGACAGUGGCAAGGCCUGUGGUGUGGACUUUGAGGUUAAAGCGUACCUGGCCAACGCAGCUGACAACGCAAAUGAAGUCAUUGAAAAGAAGGACACUUGUCGUCUGAUGAUUCGUAAAAUACAGUUUGCUCCUGUUAACAACAAACCUGGAGCGAAGGCUGAGAUUAGUAAACAGUUCAUGAUGACGGACAAACCAGUUCACCUGGAGGCUUCUCUGGAAAAAGAGAUUUACUACCACGGAGAUCCAAUUAGUGUAAACGUAAAGAUCAACAAUGAAACCGCAAAGGUGGUGAAGAAAAUCAAAAUCACAGUUGAGCAGCUGACAAACGUGAUCCUCUACUCAUCUGACACUUACACCAAGGCAGUCUGCACCGAGGAGUUUGCGGAGACAAUAAACGCCAAUUCAACAUUUGAGAAGUCCUUUAAAAUAAAACCCAUGCUCUCCAGCAACAAAGACAAGCACGGUAUAGCAGUGGACGGACGGCUAAAAGACGAGGACACCAACCUGGCCUCCACAACCCUGAGUCAAGGAGAUAAGGAGAUGCAGGGAAUCAUCAUUUCCUAUAAAGUCAAGGUCAAUCUCAUGGUGUCUGGUGGAGGCCUGCUGGGAGGCCUAACAGCAAGUGAUGUGACUGUGGAGCUCCCCUUGACUCUGAUGUCCCCCAAACCUGCAGAAGUAAAAUUGGAUUGAGGGCCUGUUUAGAUCAGCAGGACGGUCAUCACCAUACAGCCCAAUCAAGGAUAAGACGAUCUGUGGAAGAAGAUCAGACAAAUCAUAAUGGAAUUCAUUAGCAAAGAAGUGAAACACCAGGUGUCACUAACUUCACACUAACUGUUCUUAUUAAACUUGCACAUACAAAGUUCUAGUCACAGCCACUGGUAGUGUGAAAUCUCUCAGUGUGAGUGGAGUGUUGUCAUAGCAGGAAAGACAGCACAUAUACACAUAUACAGUACAUAGGGAAUUGUUGUCACACGCUAUCCCACUAAAUAAAUAUAAAAUGAUUUUCUUUUUAUGUGUAAUCAUUAAUUAUUAAUUAGUAGAGUUUUAUUUCAUGUUUUGUCCUUAUUAAUGUGUUAUUAUGGCCAAUGAAUAUUGGUAAUAAAUGUGGGAUAAUCAUCCUGCCAGACAUACUUCACCCAGGUCAAUCUCCAUUGGCAGGGAAAGGAAA